AUGCCUCAGCCUAGGAACCAAAAGGAAGUGCGCCGCUUUCUCGGUUGCACAGGCUUCUUCAGGAAGCAUAUCAAACAAUAUUCAAAUAUUGCAGCACCACUUACGAGCUUGACACGUAAGGACACCAAGUUUAUCUGGGGUCAGCUGAAGGAAAUUGCUUUCCAGAGCUUGAAGACGGCACUUAUCUCAGCCCCAGUUCUUAGUAAGCCCGAUUUUGACAGGUCCUUUGAGAUCCACACCGAUGCGUCGGGUGUUGCAAUCGGCGCUUGCUUAAUGCAAACAUGUCCAGACCAGUUGAGUCGUGCAGUGGCUGCAACAGAAACAAAUCGUGAUCCAGACGAUGCGCGUCGUCACCAACUUGAGGAUCCCUGUGGAAAGAUCGAAUAUUUAGAGGAACGGAAUUUGCCGCGUCGUCGCCUUCCUCUAACUCUUGAAGAGUUUGAGCUUCGAGAUGGAGUUUUAUACCAUGUUCGUCACCUCCCAGAUCGAGUACUCCAUCAGUUAGUAGUGCCAAAGAUACUUAGGGGUUCUGCCAUGCAUUUAGCUCAUUCAAGUGCAACAGCAGGUCACCCUGGGGUUUACAGGACAUAUUGUAAGCUCAGGGAUUACUUUUACUUCCCUAACAUGUUGGCUGCCGUCAAAGAAUAUGUUGGUACAUGUCGAUCUUGCCAAAAACGUAAGGGUAUGGCUUAUCGUGCUCCUCUUGCUGCUGCACCACAGGCCAGUUACCCACUGGAAAGGGUAUCUGCAGACCUAAUGGAACUGGAAGUGACCUCCCAAGGCAAUAGAUAUGUAUUGGCUUUCAUAGACCAACUCACCCGAUGCAUUCAGUUGAUACCUCUGCCAUCCAAGGAUGCAGAGACUGUGGCUGAUGCUUUUAUUAAUCAGUUCGUGACUGUGUUUGGGCCACCUCGUUUAUUGCAAACAGACAAUAGCCGAGAACUUUAA